GACGACACCAAAUAACACAGAUGUAAUGGACUAUAAAUAAUUUUGUAUAGAUUGUUUAGUAUUGAUGACCUCCUGUCGUGUUUCUGCAUAAAGCUACUUUAAAAGUAUUUCACAAUAGAAGGAAAUUUCCUUGCGAUUGACGAUAACAAGGGAGGGAGGGAUCUUUUCAAAAGUUUUUUUACCGCUUUUUUGUUAUUGCUAUAUCGCCCUAUGAGAACAGCUAUAUGCAAAUAAGUUGCGGUUACCCUGAUCUUCUGAUAGCUUUGUAGCUACGUCACUUCAGCAGUAUUGCGUGCCAAUUGUACACUAAGCAAUAUUAAUACCGUUGGAAAAUCGCCAGGUGGUAAAAAAUUGUAUUUUUUUAACUUGAAAAGUACCCUUGCUAUAGAAAACCAUAUAUAGACAGUGGAUAUCAUAGUUGUUGAGAUGCAGUUGUGGCAGUCGAUAUAUUUGCAUCUCUUUGUGUGUGUUCUGCAAAUUGUGUCAUCAACAGGACAAGGUACAAUUACAUUUUUUUUCAAAAAUCCCACCCAAACUGUUGGAGAGGAAGCUGGUUCAGUGAGUGUUUGUUAUGUGGCUUUGGGGAGCGCUGCUGCCUUUAACGCAACAUUUUCAUCCAGAAAUGGCACUGCAACAAGCGGAGAAGAUUACUCAUAUGAAAAGGAAACACGCGAGCUUAAAGUCGAUGGCAGGCAGCCCACGAGAGGCUGUGCAGAGAUUUCUAUCAUUCAGGAUAGCAUUUACGAAGGAAACGAAAAUUUCAAAUUUUUUGCGGAGUUUAAUGACCCUUUCAAUGCUCAAAUAACCGUUGUGGAAACCACAGUGACUAUAAUAGAUGAUGACGGUGGUAAUGGCCGUAGUAAUGAUUUCGACGAAUGCAGUGCAGGUUCCCAUAAUUGCCAUCACAAAGCCUUCUGUAACAAUACUGAGGGUUCUUUCAAUUGUACAUGCAAAAGCGGCUACUCUGGAAAUGGAACAGAUUGUCAAGAUAUCAACGAAUGUAGUGCAGGUUCUCAUAAUUGCCAUCGCAACGCCUACUGUAACAAUACUGAUGGUUCCUUCAAUUGUACAUGCAAAAAUGGCUACUCGGGAAGUGGAACAGUCUGCCAAGAUAUAAACGAAUGUAGUGCAGGGUCUCAUAAUUGCGACCACAACGCUUACUGCAACAAUACUGAUGGUUCUUUUAAUUGUACUUGUAAAAAAGGCUACUCGGGAAGUGGAACAGAUUGCCAAGAUGCAGGUACAAUUACAUUUGUAUUCCAAAAUCCCACCCAAAUUUUUGGGGAGGAAGAUGGUUCAGUGAGUGUUUGUUAUGUGGUUUCGGGGAGCGCUGCUACCUUUAGCGUAACAUUUUCAUCCAGAAAUGGCACUGCAACAAGCGGAGAAGAUUAUUCAUAUGAAAAGGAAACACGCGAGCUUAAAGUCGAUGGCAGGCAGCCCACGAGAGGCUGUGCAGAGAUUUCUAUCAUUCAGGAUAGCAUUUACGAAGGAAACGAAAAUUUCAAAUUUUUUGCGGAGUUUAAUGACCCUUUCAAUGCUCAAAUAACCGUUGUGGAAACCACAGUGACUAUAAUAGAUGAUGACGGUGGUAAUGGCCGUAGUAAUGAUUUCGACGAAUGCAGUGCAGGUUCCCAUAAUUGCCAUCACAAAGCCUUCUGUAACAAUACUGAGGGUUCUUUCAAUUGUACAUGCAAAAGCGGCUACUCUGGAAAUGGAACAGAUUGUCAAGAUAUCAACGAAUGUAGUGCAGGUUCUCAUAAUUGCCAUCGCAACGCCUACUGUAACAAUACUGAUGGUUCCUUCAAUUGUACAUGCAAAAAUGGCUACUCGGGAAGUGGAACAGUCUGCCAAGAUAUAAACGAAUGUAGUGCAGGGUCUAAUAAUUGCGACCACAACGCUUACUGCAACAAUACUGAUGGUUCUUUUAAUUGUACUUGUAAAAAAGGCUACUCGGGAAGUGGAACAGAUUGCCAAGAUGCAGGUACAAUUACAUUUGUAUUCCAAAAUCCCACCCAAAUUUUUGGGGAGGAAGAUGGUUCAGUGAGUGUUUGUUAUGUGGUUUCGGGGAGCGCUGCUACCUUUAGCGUAACAUUUUCAUCCAGAAAUGGCACUGCAACAAGCGGAGAAGAUUACUCAUAUGAAAAGGAAACACGCGAGCUUAAAGUCGAUGGCAGGCAGCCCACGAGAGGCUGUGCAGAGAUUUCUAUCAUUCAGGAUAGCAUUUACGAAGGAAACGAAAAUUUCAAAUUUUUUGCGGAGUUUAAUGACCCUUUCAAUGCUCAAAUAACCGUUGUGGAAACCACAGUGACUAUAAUAGAUGAUGACGAUUUCGACGAAUGCAGUGCAGGUUCUCACAAUUGCCAUCACAACGCCUACUGUGAAAAUAUUGAUGGUUCUUUCAAUUGUACAUGCAAAAGCGGGUACUCUGGAAAUGGAACAGACUGUCAAGAUAUCGAUGAAUGUAGUGCAGGUUCCCAUAAUUGCCAUCACAACGCCUACUGUAACAAUACUGAUGGUUCUUUCAAUUGUACAUGCAAAAAUGGCUACUCGGGAAGUGGAAAAGUCUGCCAAGGUACAAUUACAUUUGUAUUUCAAAGUUCCACCCAAACUGUUCGAAAGGAAAAUGGUUCAGUGAGUGUUUGUUAUCGUGCAUUUAGCAAUUUGGGGGGCGUUGUUGCCAUUAACGUAACAUUUGCAUCCAGAAAUGGCACUGCAACAAGUGGAGAAGAUUACUCAUACGAAAAGGAAACACGCGAGCUCAAUAUAGUCGAUCCCAGAGGCACAUUUGGCUGUCAAGAGAUUUCUAUCAUUCAGGAUAGCAUUUACGAAGGAAACGAAAGUUUCACAUUUUUUGUGGAGUUUAAUGACCCUUUCAAUGCCAAAAUAACUGUUGUGGAAACCACAGUGACUAUAAUAGAUGAUGACGUUGCUGAAGUAAAUGGUACCGAAAAGUUAACAGAAGUUGACAAAAGUGUAGUUGGGCACGUAAAACAAGUCCUAAUAGUUGUCUUGGCAUGGCUUGGGCUAUGUUUUGCGGUUGUGUUUGUAAUUGUAAUAAUUGCUGGUUUUAGGCUGAUAGAAAAUAAAAGGCGAUAUGAUUUCAAACCAAGUGUGAUCACUGAUCCAGGACACCAUCCCACGUUUAAUCAUCUCUAUUAGGGCAAUGACAACUAUCCCUGAUGAUGUAAAAGAAAUUGGAAUACCUUUUAAAAGGAAAAAACUUUUCUGCACCGUACAUUUUUAGUUCUUAGCCCGGGAAUUUCAGGGCCAAAACAUAUUCAAUAAUUUGGGAGUUACAUAGUUCGCAUAUUCAAAGUAGUCCUGUCGGAUUUCUUUUGCACGACGUAUAUUAAAGAACUAGUUUCGGCUCUGCUUGGAAUAAACACUGGAAGUCACAUUUUGACUAUAAUUAUCAUCAAUGGAACCAACAAUGGUUAAUAUAUACAGUAUAUAAUAA